AUCUACAACAGAGGGAUGAUUUCCUUGUGUGACUAAGACAGUAAGCAGACAGGAGGAGGACUAAUUAAAGUUGUAACAUCUGCCUUCAGAGCUCUAAAUGUGUCUACAGGCUACAAGCAUCUUUCGCUCCACUUCCUCCGCUCUGACUUCAAGCCAGGAAGGGUAAAUAAGGUAUCAGCCUGCUCCCAAACAAUGCAACUAAUCUUCUGCAAGUGGCAUCAUCACCAUUACCAUAACCAAUGAGUAUACUGUAACUGGGUGCUUUGAAAUAUUCAUAGCAUCUUCCAGCUAAAAAACUUCCACAGCUGAUGCUGGAGGAGAAGCUGAGGAGGGUGGGUGGUCUGGACUGGAGCACGUAACAUGCUUACAAAUGAACACCACAGCCAAACUCGGACAGCGUUGAGUGAGUUUCUCUUCGUCCUCCUAUCCUCUCGGUGUUGAACGGCUCUCUCUCUCUCCCUCUCUCUCUCUGUCGCUCUCUCAAGAGCCAUCUUCUCGGCUUGAUCUGUAUGCGGUUUACACUUUAGCGGUUCGCCGCUGAUCCUUGCUGCUCCACUUCUGGACGACUUCCCCCAGCCGCUCCGCACAGCCGGAGCUCGAGCGAGCAGCAGCAGCAGCAGCCCCCCCCGCCCCCCCACACACGGCUCUCUGCCCCCGCUGCUGUGUCAAAAGAUAAACCGGGAAACCAGCAGAAGCCCGACACUGCAGUGACAGAUCCAGAUUCAGAUCGAGCCUCUACAAUAACCACGGAGCCGCGGGGGAUAUCGGCCACGCCAGAUCUGCACGGAGGGGGAAACCUUGAUAAGUAGCCUAUUUUUUGUUCCUACAAACUAGGGUCUGCUUGGUGUGGCAGUGGCGAUGACUUCCCCCUCUUACAGCCUUGAGACGAGCCCUCUCCUGGAGCCUGACUGUGAACAAACACCCGGACUGUAAGAAAGACUUUAUCACCGAGCCCGGCUCAUCAACGACAAUAAAGAGAGACUUUAUUGGUCACCGACAGCGCUUCUACUAGUGGGGGAAAACACAUUACUUGCUGUAAAUCAAGCCAGGAGGAUCGAGCCCAAGUGCAAGACGAAUGGUUUGGGCAUGGUACCCACGCCCCAGGUGUGCGUAUCAACCCUGGUCACAGUGAGCACGAUGGCAGUGGUGGACCUCUACCUGCUGGAGCAGAGCAUGCUGGGGGCUCGUGGUCUUCCAGGACCCAGCGUGUGGCAGUGUGUGACAGUGUUGCUAGGUGAUGUGGGCUUCCUGCUCGCACUGCGCUUCGUGUCGGCCGGCGUGGUGUCAGAGGCGCGGUCGCCGCGUCGUGGUUUUGCCAACGCCCUCUGGUUCCUGUUCCUGUCCCUGCUCCAGCUCAAGCUCUUUUUCGUCUGUCAUAACUACAGGCAGGAGCGCCGGCCGCCCGAUCCGCUGGCAAGGAAGACCCUGACGCUGCUGCUGUCCAUCUGCCUGCCCUCCCUGUUUCUUAUCCUGACGGGAGCUGACCACAUGUCCCCGCAGCGCAGGAAGCAGGAGGUGCGUGGCCGGCUCCUGUGGGUGGUGGUGGACCUGCUGGAUGUGCUGGACCUGCAGGCGGGGCUGUGGGAAGCCCAAGGAGGGGCUGCAGCAGGAAGUGGAGGGGUGGUUGAGCAGAGGCUGCCCAUGUGGGCCGAGGGCCUAGUCUUCUUUUACUGCUACGCUCUCCUGCUGCUGCUGCCCUGUGUGGCCCUCACAGAGCUGGGGGCCACCGGCCUGCCAGGACAGAGGGGGCCCCGUAAGGAGGCUUUGUACCCUUGGCUCAGCUUGGUGACUAUCAAUAUCUUCACACUGGCUCUGAGGGGCACAGGCAUGCUGUGGUACAGGGACCCUCGUGUGUCCACUGUGUUCCUGGGAAAGAACCUGCUGGCUCUGGCAGUGAAGCUGAGCUCAGCCUGGGAGAGACACAAGCAGGAGCACGGUGCUGCGGGAGCGGGGACUGUGGCUGGAAUAGAACCAGGAGACUCAACCCUGCCAAGCCAGAGCUCAGGGCAGGGAGAGGGACAGACCCAGGGGAAAGCUCCUCCCUCUCAUUAUCACACACUGUCUCGCUCCCAAAGCCACACUCUCUCCCACGUCAGCCUGGAGCCCACAGACACACCCUUAGGGCCCUCUUUCAUCUCCCAUGAACUCUAGAGUCUCUCUGAACACGCACGCAUGCACAAAAGCAUGUACGCACGCCCACACCCAAAACUCAGACCAGCCAAGCCAGUAUCACAUCCAAACAGAUAACUUUCAGUACAGCAGUGAUGGGUAUAAUGCAGAGCGGUGGAAAUGCAUUUGGCAAGCUUGGCUUUCUGCACAUCUUGUUGUGCUAAGAAUAACUCAAAAUGCAUUUGUGGGCGUGUAUUUUUAAACUAAACACUGUGACCACAUUUAUCGGACUGUAAAGGAUAUUCCAGAAAUGUACGUUGAGGUCUAGUAGUGUUUAUUCCCUUCUUUAAUCUGGGCACAACUGCCCAAACUGCCUCAGAUUAGCUGAAUUUGAUGCAUCCAGAUGGCUUGAGGUUUUCUUCAUAAACAGUUUUAAUUGUGAUUUCUUGCUACUCCAUGUACAUUAUCUGUUUGGGAUUAUCUGUGGUUUCCUUAUUUGAGUUAAGCACAUGUCGUUUCAGGGAAAAAUUUGAUCAACGCUCUUCUGCCUUAAGAUGCCAAAAGACAGACUGUGACCUUUAGUGUACAUUUUCUCUGUCACUUACAGAGAACUUGCAAAGAGAAAAGUAAUAAGUAAGUAA